AUGGCCGAGCCGGCGCUCCUUGCGCCCGAGGACCUCUCGACGCAGCUCGACGUGCUGCAGGUCGUGCUGAGCCUGUACGGCGACGACGGCCUGGAGCUGCCGCGGGAGUCGGCGCAGGCAAUCGAGGACCUCGCCCGCUUCCUUGCCCUUCCGCUGGCCUCGCUCGGCGAUGCCGGCAGCGUGGCCCUGCGCGACAAGCUGCCCGUGGCCGUCGCCUUUGGCCUCGUGCUCGACCCCCUGCGCGGCUCCGUCGAUGCCUCCGACGGGCGCACCGUGCGGCUCGACGUCGAGGUGCCGCUGCGGCGGCGGCAGGAGAGUGCGUCUCUUCCAACACGGCCAUCGGCGUCGGUGUCGCAGGCCGGCUGGAUGGCCCGGCAGGACCACGCGGACCUCGUCGACUUUGUGCGCACCUUUCCCUACCCAGGCGAUGGCGAUGGCGAAGCGGAAGAGGAGGGCGCCGGGUCGUCGUACAUCCUCUCGCUCGCCGAGGAUCUCUGCGAGCGCGCCGUGCCCCUCCUGCUCCAGGCACAGUCCACAGAGAAGGAAGAGAAAGAAGAGAAAGGCGCCACAGAGGACGAAAGCAACAAGUCCACACGCUCCUGGCACCUCCUCGUCAGCCUGUCGGUGCCGUCGAAGCGCGCCGAUCUCGUGUCGUACGCCGUCGACGCGGGCCUCACCGGCUUUGUCCUCGCCGGCAAGCCAGGGCUCGUCGUCGUCGAGUCGCCCACGGGUACCGCAGCCAUCGACGCCUACUGGCGCGACAUCCGCUCCCGCUCCUGGUCUGACCUGCCGCCGGCGUCUAAAAAAGUGACGCAGCGCCUCGUCGAGGACGGCGCGCCCGCCUGCUUUGCCGGCUUCCGCGACAUCAGCGAGCAGCUCCAGCCCGACGCGCCCGUCCUGGGCCCUGGCGGCCACGUGCGGCGCACGGACCUGGGCGCGCUCCGUCGCUGGCUCGACGCCGCGGGCGGGCUCGCUGACCGCCUCGACGCUGUGCUCUAG